GGUUAUUUACAAUCAUUUCAAAAUGAAUUUUUUUGGCUUGGAACAAAAGAUUAUAGUUCUUAUUUGACUAUAUCAGAUGCUUUAGAUUUUCGACAAACAAUUGCAAAUGAAACAGAUAUUUUUAAUUAUAAUCAUCAAUUAGCUAUUCAAGCUGGAAAUUUAAUUGCAAAUAUGUGGAAUAGUUCAACAUUAACAUCAAAUGAAACAUUUAUAAGUACAAUGAAUAAUAUUGAAUUACCUUUAUACAUUGAUACAUUAGAUAAAAUGAAUAACUUAUAUCAAAAAUUGAUUAAUCAAUAUAAUAUAUUUUUACCAAUGUUUCGAUUUGAUAAUAAAUUUUAUUGUCGAAUUAGUGCACAAAUAUAUAUGGAAUUAGAGGAUUAUCAAACUGUUGGAAAAAUUGUUUUAGAUGUCAUUUCAAAUCAAAACUUUUUCUCAAUUUUAAAACAAACAAAAGAUAAUCUUUGUUAUGUUUAA